CGUAAUUGUGACAAUCGAGCUAGCAAUUCGUUUGUUUUACCCUGUUCCUGUUUAAAAAUUGUUUUGUUUCGGAUUGUUUCCAGGGAGAUAUUUGAUUGUUGAAUCGUUGAGACAAAUUCUCGUUAAGUUGCAUUUGAAAUAAUAAGUAGGUAUUCGAAUAAUAUCAAUGUUCUUUUGUGUCAAGUUGAUUGUUGACAUUUUUCGUAUUGCGUAAUAUUUCAUCCGGGUUUUUUAAACUUCGCGGUUAUUACCCGGCUGAUUUUGACUGGACCGGCUGAUUUGUCCACGUGAGCGGUGGAAAAUUCUAGUCCUCUCCUGUUAUUGCUAUUACGUGUUUUGCUUGCUGCGUUCUGCGUUGUUUUUGGCAGAGUUGGAUAAUAUUGUGAUGGAAAGUUCGUUUGAAAAACUUAAAGAAUUGAACCUGUCCCGCGAUGAAGUUGAUCGCCUUGGAAAAGCGUUGAAAAAUGAUGAAUUUCGCAAAUUGCUUACCGACUACGUCGAUGAACUUCAGGAUCCCAAAAACCGGCAAAUAUACGAGAAGGAAGUGAAACAAUUAGAGAAAGAAAGGGGUCAGGACGUGACUUUUCUGCAUCCAUCUCCCGGUUAUGUUAUCAAGACUAGUGUAGAUGGUACCCAAAAGGGAUUUAUUAACAUAUCAUCUAAUCAAAACAUUGGACAGCCCACGUCAAACCCUUGUAUUAAGGAAGGAGUUAAAGGACUUCAGUGGUCUCUGCCGCAUUCGUUGUCUCCUCCAAGAGAAGAUACCGAUAAUAAAGGUGUAAGAUGUCAGGUUUAUGAUGUACUUUUCCAUCCAGACACCAUACAUUUAGCUAGCAAGAACUUAGCAUUCAGAUCACUGGUGAAUAAUGUUGCUUUAGAUGCUGUGGAAACCAAUUUUCAUGUUAAAUUGGAUAAGAAGAAUUUAAAAUUUCCUAAAAUGAGUUACAAGGGCUUUCCCCAAGCAAGUAUAGUUCGCAAACCUUCUGAAACUAAACCAUUAGCCAUUAAUAGUGAAGACAAAGAGUUUUAUGACAGACUCUAUUCUCAUAUUGAUGGACAACGAAAUUCUCAGGCCGUGAAAAGUAGUCCUCAAAGGAACAAAACACGUAAAAAUAAUAUAGAAGAUGAUUCAGCUUAUACUGUCCCCAAGUAUGUCAUAAAGCACCGUACCAAUGUUGAUAUUCAGGAGUUUACUGAAAGUAAAGAAGCAAAGUUGAACACCACUAUUCCGAAAGAGCUGAUAGUUGAGGUCAAUUUACCUUUGUUGAAAUCUUCGAAUGAUAUAAGUUUAGAUGUUACUGAAAAGACAGUACAACUUAUUAGUGAGAACCCUGUGAAGUACAAAUUAAAUUUGACACUUCCUUAUGAGGUAACAGAAUCCAAUGGGACUGCAAAAUUUGAUAAAGAUCUGAAAAAGUUAUCCGUUACAUUACCUGUUAAAUCCAAGCACCGAAAUAUUUAUAUUAAAUAUGACAGCGGAGUUGAAAGUGACAUUGCAAGUCCAGCUGGUUUGGAUUUGGAAGACAACCUUCAUAAAAAACUUGUUAGUGAAAUAGGUAGUGUUAGUAGUUUGGAAACGCAACAGCAGCUCAGGACUAAAAUUGAUGAAUGUGAUAGUUUUCUCGAUAUUAACAAACUUUAUAAUUUGCCUGAGUUUACCUGUAAUGUCUUUGAUAACAUUGUUGCUUUUACAUUUCAUGUUAAAAAUGUAGAUGACCGUACAGUUGUUAAACAGUGUGAUAAAGAUAAAUCUCUUGUUAAGGUCAAGUUUACCAGUAUUAGCUCAAGUUUCUUCUCUAGUCAUUAUUCAUUUUUUGUCAAAUUUGAAAGCCAUAACAUCCAAACAGAAGAUAUUACUAUAGAAGUCUGGGAUAAUAAUGUAAUUCUUCAAAUUCCCUUGAUCCCAUGUGAUAUGGAAUUGUCCUCCUAUUUUUGUGGUGCUAGUGAAGAUGAUCUUAAGGAAAAAAUUGUUGAAGAACCAUUUGUAAUUAAUAAACAUUUCGAAAAGGCCAUGCAAGAAAAUCAAAUCCAAGUACUUGAAAAAUCAACACACGAUUGUUUCAAUGGCAAUAUUGAAAAGCAGGUAGAAAUUGAUGUACCCAAACUUUCCAGCAAAGCCAUUGAUAUUCCGUUUUCGUCGUACGAGUCCAGUGGCGAUGAACUGAGUUACAACAGUUUUUCUCCAAGAAAGAGUAAAGGAAUUUUAAAACGCAUUUCCUGUACUAGAAGCAGCUUUGUCAGAAGCGUGUCCGAGUCGAGCCUGGAUGAUUACGUUGUGUGCUCUUCUAUAGAGAAUGGUUCCAGUAGCUUUGAAUUUGUCAUUCCUGAAGAUGUUGAACUCUCGACGAGUUUGAAGAAAACAGUCAGGUUUAACGAUGUUGUUUCAAGGCAACUGUUCAGGUCCAAUUCUAGCAUUCUUGGCCAGAAAAAGAAAAACCAAAGGAAAGCUAGAAACAAGAAGCGAGCUCACGAUAGACGUCAUAGUGAAAGCGAGACGUCAGAUAAUGAGAGCAAAAGAGAGGUUGAUACUAAUACGGAGGAAAGCAAAUUGAAUAAUGGUAUAGAAAGUGGGGGAAAGAAAGAUGAGUCGGAUAUAUUCCAUUUAGAAAUUAACUACUAAUAAAUUCAAAUGUCUAAUAUAUAUUUGGGUGGUGAAAUAAUUGUAUCGUAGGUGACUUGUCAAUUUUUUGGUCGGUUUGGUCUGUCUUAAAGUACAAUUUUAAAGUAAACAUAAAAUAUCUUUGAUUUGUGAUAAAUUUUCAAGCUUUAGGUUCAGUGAUUGCACACUUUUUUACUUUAGAUACUUACUGUUUAUUUUAAGGUAUAUAAAUAUUAAUAAAGUUUUUUGAAUUUA